AAAAAAAAAAAAAAAAAAAGCGGAAGAAGCGGCCGAGGCGGCGGCGGCAGCGGGAGGAGGAGGAGAGGAGGAGGAGGGGCCGCGCGCGGCGGCCGAGGCGGCGGCGGGGACGCGGGGACGCGGCUUUGUGAGGCGGGUCGCGGGGCGCCCAUGGCGGAGUGCGGCCGGGGGGGCGCCGCCGGCGGGGCCCUGCCCACCUCCCCGGGCCCGGCCCUCGGCGCCAAGGGCGCCCUCAAAGCCGGAGUCGGAGAAGGCGGCAGCGGGGGAGGGCGCCUCGGCCACGGGCGGGCGCGCUAUGACAGCGGCGGGGUUUCCAACGGAGACUGCAGCCUCGGCGUGUCCGGGGACGAAGCCCGGGCCAGCCCCGCCGGGGGAUCCCGCAGCGUGGCGCUCGCCCAGACCUCCGGCACGAUCGCCUGUCCACUCCCCAGGGAGAGCAAACCGGGCGGCCUGCCCCGCCGGAGCAGCAUCAUCAAGGAUGGUACAAAGCAAAAGAGGGAACGGAAGAAGACAGUGUCGUUCAGCAGCAUGCCGACAGAGAAGAAGAUCAGCAGCGCGAGCGACUGCAUCAACUCUAUGGUUGAGGGUUCAGAACUCAAAAAGGUUCGCUCCAACUCCCGAAUAUACCAUCGGUAUUUUUUGCUAGAUGCCGACAUGCAGAGCCUGAGGUGGGAGCCAUCUAAGAAGGAUUCCGAGAAAGCCAAGAUUGAUAUUAAGUCCAUCAAGGAAGUGAGAACAGGAAAAAAUACAGACAUAUUCCGCAGCAAUGGCAUUUCAGAUCAGAUAUCUGAAGAUUGCGCAUUCUCGGUCAUUUACGGAGAGAAUUAUGAGUCACUUGAUCUAGUUGCCAACUCUGCAGAUAUUGCAAACAUCUGGGUCACAGGACUGCGGUACCUCAUUUCUUAUGGAAAGCAUACCCUUGAUAUGUUAGAAAGUAGCCAAGACAACAUGAGGACUUCUUGGAUUUCACAAAUGUUCAGUGACAUUGACGUAGAUAACCUUGGACACAUAGCCCUGUGUAGUGCUGUGCAGUGCAUCAGAAACCUCAACCCUGGUUUGAAAACGAGCAAAAUUGAGCUCAAGUUCAAAGAAUUGCACAAGUCAAAGGACAAAGGUGGUACUGAUGUCACAAAAGAAGAGUUUGUUGAGGUUUUCCAUGAGCUUUGUACUAGGCCUGAAAUUUAUUUCCUUUUAGUUCAGUUUUCGAGCAAUAAAGAGUUCCUUGAUACCAAGGACCUUAUGAUGUUCCUUGAGGCAGAACAGGGUGUGGCACAUAUAAAUGAGGAAAUAAGUCUUGAAAUCAUUCACAAAUAUGAGCCAUCCAAAGAGGGUCAAGAAAAAGGUUGGCUCUCGAUCGACGGGUUUACUAAUUACCUUAUGUCAUCUGACUGUUAUAUAUUUGAUCCAGAACACAAGAAGGUCUGUCAGGAUAUGAAGCAGCCUCUCUCCCAUUACUUUAUCAACUCAUCUCAUAACACGUACUUAAUAGAGGACCAGUUCCGGGGUCCCUCUGACAUCACAGGCUACAUCCGCGCUCUUAAGAUGGGCUGCCGGAGUGUUGAACUGGACGUGUGGGAUGGGCCAGAUAAUGAGCCUGUGAUCUACACAGGUCACACCAUGACCUCUCAGAUCGUGUUCCGCAGUGUCAUCGACAUCAUUAACAAGUACGCGUUCUUUGCUUCCGAAUACCCUCUCAUCUUGUGUUUAGAGAAUCACUGCUCCAUUAAACAGCAAAAGGUGAUGGUUCAACACAUGAAGAAAAUUUUAGGAGACAAGCUCUACACAACAUCACCCAAUGUUGAGGAAUCUUACCUGCCAUCCCCAGAUGUCCUGAAAGGGAAAAUACUAAUUAAAGCCAAGAAGCUGUCCUCAAAUUGCUCCGGAGUAGAAGGAGAUGUGACUGAUGAAGAUGAAGGAGCAGAAAUGUCUCAGAGGAUGGGGAAAGAGAACGUGGAGCAGCCCAACAACAUGCCAGUGAAGCGAUUCCAGCUCUGCAAAGAGCUGUCGGAACUGGUCAGCAUCUGCAAGUCCGUCCAGUUCAAGGAGUUCCAGGUGUCAUUUCAGGUGCAGAAGUACUGGGAGGUAUGUUCCUUCAACGAAGUUCUGGCCAGCAAAUACGCUAAUGAGAACCCCGGGGACUUUGUAAAUUACAACAAGCGUUUCCUGGCUCGGGUGUUCCCUAGUCCCAUGAGGAUUGACUCAAGUAACAUGAACCCUCAAGAUUUUUGGAAAUGUGGCUGUCAGAUUGUAGCGAUGAACUUCCAGACGCCAGGCCUGAUGAUGGACCUGAACAUCGGCUGGUUUAGGCAGAACGGCAACUGUGGCUAUGUCCUGCGGCCGGCCAUCAUGAGGGAGGAGGUGUCCUUCUUCAGCGCCAACACCAAGGAUUCCGUGCCGGGCGUCUCACCUCAGCUCCUUCACAUUAAAAUCAUCAGCGGGCAGAACUUCCCUAAACCCAAAGGGUCAGGUGCCAAAGGCGACGUGGUGGAUCCUUACGUCUAUGUUGAAAUCCACGGGAUCCCCGCCGACUGCGCCGAGCAGAGGACAAAAACCGUGCACCAGAAUGGAGACGCUCCCAUCUUUGAUGAGAGCUUUGAAUUCCAAAUCAAUCUGCCCGAGCUGGCCAUGGUGCGCUUCGUAGUGCUGGACGAUGACUACAUCGGGGACGAGUUCAUUGGCCAGUACACAAUCCCCUUCGAGUGCCUGCAGACUGGCUACCGCCACGUGCCCCUGCAGUCCCUGACGGGAGAGGUCCUAGCUCAUGCCUCGCUCUUCGUCCACGUGGCUAUUACGAACCGAAGAGGAGGAGGGAAACCUCACAAAAGGGGCCUUUCUGUGAGAAAAGGGAAGAAAUCCAGGGAGUAUGCAUCUCUGAGAACACUGUGGAUUAAAACUGUGGACGAGGUGUUCAAGAACGCGCAGCCCCCGAUCCGGGACGCCACGGACCUGCGGGAGAACAUGCAGAACGCAGUGGUGUCCUUUAAGGAGCUGUGUGGCCUGUCCUCUGUGGCCAAUCUCAUGCAGUGCAUGUUGGCCGUGUCCCCCCGCUUCCUGGGACCUGAUAACAGCCCCCUGGUAGUCCUGAACCUCAGCGAGCCCUACCCCACGAUGGAGCUGCAGGGUAUCGUGCCAGAGGUCCUGAAGAAGAUUGUAACAACCUACGACAUGAUGAUUCAGGCCCUCAAGGCGCUGCUGGAAAAUGCAGACGCUGUCUACGAGAAGAUCGUGCACUGCCAGAGAGCCGCCAUGGAAUUCCACGAGCACUUGCAUAGCAUCGGCACCAAGGAAGGUCUGAAGGAGCGGAAGCUGCAGAAGGCGGUGGAGAGCUUCACCUGGAAUAUCACCAUCUUAAAGGGGCAGGCAGACCUCUUGAAGUACGCCAAGAACGAGACUUUGGAGAAUCUGAAGCAAAUCCACUACGCUGCUGUUUCCUGCGGCCUGAGUAAGCCCGGCACGGAAAGCGCGGAGGGCCAGAAGCCCCGCCGGAGCCUGGAAGUCAUCCCCGAGAAGGCCAACGACGAGACCGGGGAGUGAGCCAGCGCCGCGGGAGCCGGGACCACGGGCACCCCGGGACGCCGGCUUUGCCCUCGCUGAAAACGGGAUUUUAAAGCACAACUGGAAUCGCCCAUUGCAGUCUAUUAAAACUGUGAAUGUAUGUAGCAAUCCUGCGUGUGAAAAGCAAAUAAACUCUUUAACAAGAAAUCAUAUUCCUGGCCAAAAUAUGCUAUAUUUGUAUACAAAGACACCCUAAUACAGCUCCGGUGUGAAGAACAAUUGCACAGUCUAGAGCCAUUAGGAAACAGGCGUUUUCCUAGGUGAAAACAUUUUCUGAAGAUGGAAACGGCUUGGACUGUCAACUUAGUAUUUAUUGGAGGAGAAACCCUAAUCUACGCCUUUUUAACUUGUGUGUGGUUGCCAGACGUUGGCGGCGUGCUUGCUGAGCCAUACUUACCAAGGAGAAUGUAAGUGGACAGGCCCCCGGGCGCCCAGGGGCCCAGGGAGCCACGGAAGACAAGAACGUGCAAUGGACCGAAGCUCCUGGCUGAGGCCUCCUGGGGAGACACGAUGUGGAAGCAACAGAUUGUAAAUAGUUUUUCAUUGUAUGAAGUAGUGUUCACAUUAAAAAAAAGAUGUUUUAUGAUA